AUGGCUAACGCAUCCGGCGGCGAUCUGGCCGGCGCUGUCUCGCGAGCGGGCGGCUUCGGCUUCAUCGGCGCGGGCUACUACUCCCCAGAGACGCUGCGGGACGAGGUUGACAAGGCCUACCGGCAGAUUGGCGUCGUCAACCGCGAGUCGCUGGCCCAGAAGCGCGAGCGAGCCAACCUUGGCAUCGGCAUCCUCACUUGGAGGCUCACCGAGCUCGACCAGGGAAGCAAACCGCCGCUCGAAGGACAGGAUCCGAUGCCGUCGGCAUCGUCGUCAAAGGCGAUGGCGCUCGUCGACGAAAUGCUGCGGGCGCGUCCAAAGGCCGUCUGGCUCAGCUUUGGAGACGAGCAGGAACUCGUUGGAUGGACCCGCCGCAUCCGCCGGCGGGACCGCGAACUCAACCCGGACCUCGACGUCAAAGGCGACCAGAGCCUGCUCCUCUUUGUCAUGGUAGGAAGGGAGGCCGAGCUCGCCUGUGCCGUCGAAGGCUGCGGCGCAGACGUCCUCAUUGCACAGGGCAACGAGGCGGGCGGCCAUGGUCACUCCGAGUCGCCGCCCCUAAGCGCCAUCAUUGCCGCGGUGCAGGAGAAGCUACCGUCGCUCAAGCCGACCAAUGCUGCCGGCACGAUGCCGCCGCUGCUGGGGGCGGGAGGCCUGUCUGGCGGGCGCUCGCUCGCAUCGUUGCUGGCGCAGGGCUGUGCCGGCGGCGUCUACGGCACGCGCUUCCUGCUCACGCCCGAGGCCCAGUACUCGGACCUGCAAAAGGAGCUGCUGGCGAGGUCCAAGAGCGACGACACCAAGCGGACGCGCGCGUUUGACGACGCCCGGGGCACGCUCGGCUGGCCCGCGGGCGUCGAUGGCCGCGGCAUCAACAACCUCACCGUGGCCGACUACGAAAAGGACAUGGAGAUGGAGAAGGAGCAGAGCGACAGGGCAAAGGAGGGCGUGGCGAGGAGGAUGGAGCGCUACAAGCAGGCGGCGAGCGAGGCCGACGUCGAGAGGCUCGUCAUCUGGUCGGGCACGGGUGUCGGAGGCAUGGACAGGAUCAUGCCGGCCGCCGAAGUCGUCGACGAAAUCACCCGAGACGCGGUCGAGGCGAUCCAGCAGGCGCACAGCUACGUCGUGGCCUAG